AAUGGAAAGGCGCCCAGACGAAAGGAACCGUGUACAGUGAAUGACUAAAAUUUUGUCUUCGAUGUUUCGAUUUUAACCCACACAUUGUUUGCCAAGGGAGCAACAUGGCGGGUGCCAAACGGGCAUUAUCCGAAAUGUUUCCUGAACAGGAGAUUGAGAUGGAAGAGGAUGAAGACCUCCUGCCACGACAGGAGGUAAAGAAAAAUCUGAUGGACAUGUUUGUUGCCGACACUCCAAUGAAGAGCCAUGGCUCUAACUUAGAGCCUGGAAUGGAACACAUGAAAGUUUACCUCAGAAUCCGACCAUUGUCUACCAAAGAGCUGGAAAACAAAGAAGAUCAGAACUGUAUAGAAGUAGAAAGUGAGCAUGUCGUUUCCACACAUGCACCCAAAGACUCUCAUUAUUUUAAAACCAGUGCACAUGGGCUGGGGAAAACAACACAUAGGUUUACAUUUUCAAAAAUAUUCCAAGAAACUACAAGCCAGAAGGACUUUUUUGACUCUACUAUGCUUGGGAUGGUGAAAGACUUUGUAGAUGGCCAAAAUUGUUUAGUAUUUACAUAUGGUGUGACAAAUGCUGGGAAGACAUACACAAUUCAAGGUAACCCAAAAGAUGCGGGCAUUCUGCCGCGGGCCCUGGACGUUUUGUUUAACAGCAUUGAGGGGAAGCAGUGGGAAGGGAUGAACCUUAAGCCUAAGAUGUUCACAGAUGUGGUUAAACUGUCUCCAGAGCAGGAGGCUGAGGAGAGAAAAGUGAAAGAGAUGGUGAUGAAGAUGAGCCAAGAUGAGGACCCAGAUGUGAUGAGCUUACUUGGGGAUGAUGCUGGAUCAGAUUCUUCACGGAUGACAAACACGACAGCCUCGUCGGAGAGCUCCUUAAAUGGACAGCGUUCGCAAGACUCCCUGGGGAGCGUAGAGGACCUUAUGGAAGUUGAGAAUCGUGUACGGGAAGAUACGACUGUGGAUGUGGAGGCGCAAGGCAUGGUACGCUUCUCCGUCUGGGUUAGCUUCGCAGAAAUUUACAAUGAGCAGAUCUUUGAUCUCCUGAAUCAUAUACCGAAGAAGAAAAACCAGAAAAGGACUGUGCUUCGAUUGAGCGAAGAUAAGAGAGGCAGUCCAUAUAUACGAGGCUUGAAGCACAUCAAUGUACGAUCAGCUGACGAGGCAUAUAACUUGAUGACGAUUGGCCAGAGAAACUUGAGGAAGGCUUGCACCAAUCUUAAUCACAACUCCUCCAGAAGUCACUGUAUAUUUAACAUCAAAGUCUUAAGAGUGGUCAACAAACAGGAUCCAAGCAUUGCCAGAGUCAGCAUGUUGACCUUGUGUGACCUUGCUGGUUCAGAAAGGUAUUCAAAAACACAAGCUACAGGUGACAGGUUGAAAGAGGCGGGUAACAUCAACACCUCUCUUCACACGCUGGGCAGGUGUAUAGAAGGUUUACGCUACAACCAGACACACAAAGAGAACAGUAGACUUAUCCCAUUCCGGGAAGGGAAACUGACUAGGCUGUUUCAGAAUUUCUUUUCGGGAAAGGGGAAAGCAGCGAUGAUAGUGAACGUCAACAAAUGUGCCAGCAUGUUUGACGAGACAUUCCAUGUGUUCAAGUUUUCAGCCAUUGCUAAACAGCUUGUGGUUGUACAGAAACCAGAGCCCAAACCAAAAAUUCCACAGCCAAAGUGCAGUGCUAAGCGGUCAUCCAUUGCCUGGGCAUGUCCUCCUCACCAGGAGUUACAGUCUAAGACAUCACUGGCCAUCUCUGUUCCAUUGCCUCCCACCUCUGAUGAUGACUUGGAUGAAAGCUACUCGGAAAUACAGGUUCUGCAUGAAAUGAUCGCAGAAUUGAAGUCCCAGCUGGCCAAAGAGAGAGACGAGCGUGCCAUAGAUGAGCUGCGGAUCAGAGAGGAGGUGUGUAAGGAGAUGAUGUCACAGAUUGUUAGGAUAGAGACCGUCUAUAGUGAGCGGUUGAAAGAGCAGCAGGCCGUCCACGAGGAACGGCUGGAGAAGAAGAUAGAGCUGCUGAAGUCCUUCAAGUCCAAGGAGAAGAAGGGGUCCGGUGACAAGAUGGAGGACGAGGAGGAUGAAUGGGUGUCCAGUGUGCUUCUGCAUGCCGAGAAAGUGAAGGUUGAGACUCAAGAGAAGAAGAUUUUAGAGCUGGAAUCUGAACUCAAACGGACAAAAGAUCAACUGAAGGCUGAGGUGAGCAUGAGGGAGGACUCCUUAAGGGCUGCUGAUGAGGAAGACCUGAGCCAGCGUAGCCUGGUGGACACCAUGUCACAGCAGCUGGAGAAAACCAGAGAUCAGCUUCAGGAGAAGGAAACUGAAAUCAAAGAACUGAACGAAACCUUGUCAGAAGCAGCUGAUACCUUCAUGCAGAAAGAUAUGGAGAUCAAGAAACUUCAGGAGGCCCUGAAAAUUGAUGAGGAGAAACUGAAGCAGCAGGAGGAAGCAAUUUGUGAGCUGCAGAAUCUUCUGGAUGAGAGUAAAGGUGCUUUAGAAGCUGCCAAUGAGAAGCUGACGUCACGGGACAUUCAAAUCCUUGACUUGCAGACACUAUCUGAGGAGCUUCAAGGUAGUCUGAGUAGCUAUAACUCCACUGUUAGUACGUCUCAGAGCCUAGUCAGUGUAUCAGAUUGUGAUGUUAGUGCCAUGUCCUCAGAAAGACGCGACAUAGGCGAGUAUUUUGUUGAUGAUCCAAGAGGUUGCGAGAGGGAAAAGGUUUUAAGGCUAGUGAUUACUCCUAUAAAAUCUGGCAAACUUGUUCCAAAGCAGACGAAAGCUAGUUUGCUACGAUUGAAAGGCUCGCCCACAAAAGGGAAGGGGAAGGUCAAGCGAAAGAUUAAUGCCUCUGACAACUGCCCUACCCCAGGGAGUGCAGCUAAGCGACAGAGGAUGGCAGCUUCCAAAAACAAGCGGGUAUCAGUGUUAACAGCCAAAACUACCCUCACCCGCACACGACAUUUGUCAGGUAAAGCCAGCAGUGGCACCAAGUAUAAUUUGAGAACUAGAAGAAGAACGCUGAUUGUUUCUUCCCGCUGUUUCUGGUAUGUCACUGUACAGUCGCACACGACGUUGGGCAGACAUUUUACUACUGAUUUGUCUGAUUUCAUUGCAGAGCAAUUGGAGGCCAUGGAAAAAGAGAAGAAAUCAAACAGUAUUGAAAAGGAGAACCUUGAAGCCAAACUGUUGGACAUGGAAACUGAACUUAUACCUCUGAAGGAUUCUUUGAAAACGAAAAUCCAAGAGUUAACACAUCUUACUGAUCAACUGAACAAUCACCAAAAACUUCAGUCAGAUUUGAAAUCUUCCCAAGAUGUGAUUGUUGAGAAAGAGAAGUUACUGGGUGAUGUGAGGAAAAGCAGAGACAGUCUGCAAGUACAACUGUCAGAGAAGGAUGAGAAAAUUCAAAGUCUUCAGUCCAUCUUGGAAGUUAAAGAGAAAGAUUUUAGCAGUGAGAAAGCUAGUCAGUGUAAACUGGAGCAAGAUCUAAAGUCAAUGAACAGUAGAGUUUUAGAGCUGGAGAAAUUACUAGAGAAGGUGACUGGAGAAAAGGAUGCCGUUAAUGUUAGACUUCAAGGAAAGGAAAAAGAAGUGAUGACAUUCCAAGAGUCUUUCAAAAUGAAAAAGCAAGAGGAGAUCCAUGUAGGCAAAUUACAGAAGCUGGAGACAGAGUUAAAAUCUUCACAACGUACUCUUGUUGAGAAAGACAAGCUCUUGCUAAAUGUGGAGAAGGACAGAGAUAUUCUGCAGGCCAAGCUGGUGGAAAAAGACCAAGAAAUGUUAGCUUUGCAGACAGCUGUGUCUACAAAAAAUCAGGAGAUCUUAGCUUUGCAGAGAGAUGUGGCUUCUAAAGACAAAAAGACGAAAGAACUAAGUGAUAAAAAUAGAGGAGAUCUAGAGAAACUACUGCAAUCAGUAAAGGAUGAAGUGGUAGAAAAGAACAAGGUUAUAGAAAAGCUUACAAGUGAUAAGGAUGUGCUUCAUUCACAACUGCGAGAAAAAGUACAAGAAGUUGUGACGCUAAAAGAUUCUGUGGAGAUGGCAGAAAGAGCUUUGCAUGAACUCCAGUCCAGAUGUUCUGGAGAUGAAGAGUCUGAAGUUAACUGCUUGAAAGAGCAGGUUUCAGAAGCACAAAAGCUUUUAGAGAAGUUAACUCAAGAUAAAGGCAAUCUGGAGACCAAACUUUCAGAGAAAGAAAAGAAGUUACUUUCUGCACAAGAGGAUUUGGAGAGUAAAAGGAAAGAACUUUUUGAGCUUGAUGGCAGACAACAGUUAUUAAUCUCUGAGCUAAAAUCUUUGGAAAGUAAAGUUGCAAAUGGUGAUAGACUUCUAAAUGAAAUGACUAAAGAAAGAGAUGCCCUGCGAGAUUUGAAUCAGGAAUCUGAAAUACUAUUUAAGUCCUCCAAUGACAAUGAGUACCUUGCAGGUACAUGUCUCCAAGGAGGGUCAAGCAAUAAGGAUAAACAGACAGCUUUGAUCAAAGAGUUGAAUGUGAAAUUAGAACAAAGUGAUGGGCAAAUAACACGUCUUGAACAAUUGGUAAAGCAGAAAGAUGAAAGUCUGCAAGCUAUCACAAGGAUACAGAAAGAAAUUGAUGUUGAAAAAGAAGAUUUGAAAGUUCUCAAAGACAAAAUUGAGGGAAAAGAGGAAGAAAUCUUGACGCUGAGUGAACAGGCACAAAAAGUGAUCUCUGGUCUCAAAGGUGAACUAGACAAAGAAAAACAGCAGAGUAAAGAACUGAUGAACACAGUCUCUGAAAAGGAAACAGAAAUUCAAAGGCUUUUGGAAAUACUUCAACAAAAAGAGAUUGCCUUGGAAAGCUUGUCUAGAGUAGAAGCUGACUUGAAAAGUGAAAAAGCAGACUUGUUGGACCUUAGACACAAAGUAGAAUCCAAAGAGGAUGAGUUGGUCAAUUUCAAGGACUGGGUUUGUAAAGAAGAGCAGCACACCAACAAAAUUCGACAGCUGGGAACUGAGCUAGAUGUGAAGAACCAAAGAGUUGAUGAGUUAGAGGAGUUGUUACAAGCCCAGAUUAAUGUGGAAAAUGAUGAAGAUGAAAUUUCCUUCCCUAAGCAGAACGCUGAGGAAAUUGAACGUUUAACCAGAAAAAUUACAAAGUUAGAGGCAGAAAUUGUUGUGAGGAAACAGAACUUCCUGCAGCAAGAGGAGUAUUUGGGUGUAAAGGAACGAGAGGUGAUAAAAUUGAAAACCCGAAUCAAACGGGAGCAGGAAGAUUUCAAUCAGAGAGAGCUGGCAUUGAUUCAUGGUUACACUGCAGAGAUAGAAAAUUACAAGGCACAGAUAGUUAAUUUGAAAGCUAGUGGGAAAAGAAAUGAAACGAGUGGAGAAAAUGAGGUACAGAAAUCUUUAGAAAGUUAUAAGCAAGCCAUGGAAGAGAAUGAAAAUUUCAAGAAGGAUUUGAUGAAACAGUUAAAAGAAUUGCAACUUCAGUUGGACCAAAAAAGUUCCACUAUUGCAGAGAUGGAACAAAUGAUGAAUAUUAAAAAAUCUACCACUGCUGACCUUGAAGCCAGGCUUCAAGCAGAGGUUGAAGGACAUUCUGCUGCUAAAAUUAGGAUAGAUGAACUCAAGAAAGAGUUGAAAAAUAUUCGAAAUUCUGUCCGCCGACUAAGCGAGAUAAAGAAGAAAGAAAUUUCUGACAUGGAAGAAGAUGUGGCAAAGAUGAGGGGUGAAGUUGCUCUGAAGGGAGUGGAGAUUGGUAGCCUUAAAGAAGAGAUUGAAGGGCUUAAGUCACAGUUGGCUGAAAAGGGUCUUGACACUAGCCAGCUUAUUCCAGAGCCGUUUGCAGACAAAAUUUCCAGCUGUAUUAAUGACAGUGUGGUGGAAUUUAGAUUUCAUGAGGUGACGUUCAAGGUGGAAGAGCUCCAGCAGGAAAAUACUGAACUAAAGAAAGAGACUGAGCUCCUGAAAGAGAAAUGUCAGGAAAAGUCAGAUGAGCUCAUUAAUGUGAAGAAACAAAAUGAAGACUUAAGUCAAAAAGUCACAAGUGCUAAUGAAGAAAUGAGGAAAAAAGAGGCAGAUCUGGAAGGAACGGUAGAAAAACUGAAGAAAGAGGGGACAGUGAUUCAUCAAAAACUGGAGCAGAAAGAAAAAGAACUCAGUGAAGUGGAAAUAAAGCUAAAAGAGACGUUAAAGCAAGUCAGUGAGCAGACAGCUUCUGUAGAAUCUGCUGAAGCUGAAAUUCACAAGCUGUCAGAUCAAGUUGAGGAAUUACAAACAGUCAACUCUGGGUUGAGGAAAAUGGUGGAUGAAGUGACAGUUGAGUUGCAGAACAAAGAAGAGAAAAUCUCGCAACUCACAACUCAUGCUAAUGAUGUCAAAACCCUUCAAGCCACUGUAGACAGUGGCAAAGACAUAGUCAAGGAACUGACCAACAAAUUGCAACAGUGCAACAAGGAAAAAGAUGCUUCUGUGUCUGAGUGUGAGAAACUGCAAGCAGCAUUUAAAGAGAUGGACAAAAAAUUGGCUGAAGGAAUUGAAAAACUUGAAGAGAAAACCGCUUCGAUUGAGAAGUUCUCAGCAGAAUCUACCAAGAGCUCUGAAAUUAUUUGCAAUCUGGAAGCUGUAAAUGGAGAUCUUAGAGAACAAUUGGGUCAACAAAAAUCCUUGUUAACAGACAAAAGCAGAGAAAUUCAAAAUUUAUUUUCAUCAGUGAAGGAAAAGAAUUCUGAGAUUGAAAGUUUGAAAAAGAAAGCUUCAGCUUUGGAAUCAAACAUUGAAGAUCUUACCCAUAAGCUAGACAGUUCAAAUGACUCUGUAAUACUUAAAGAAGGCCUUUUGAGUGAAUUAGAAAAGCAAAUUACAGAAUUGACUCAAAGCAUAAGUCAGAAGGAAGGAACUGUGUGUGAGUUGAAAGAUGAAGUAAAAGUAUUAAGAGAGGAAAUCUUGGAGGAAAAUAAAUCUGUGGGAGGGAAGGUUGCAGAGCUGACGGAGUCAGUUGACAAGAAAGACAAGGAAAUUGAUAUACUGAAAAAUGAACUGGAAGAGGCUUCUAAUAGAGCUGAUCUCAGGUCAAAGGAUAUUGAAAAAUUGGAGAAAGAAUGGAGAGAGAAGGUUGCAAAAUUAUCAGAUGAAGUUGCCAAGAAAAGGGACCUAGCUGAGAAGUUGGAAGAAACGGUGAGAGGACUAAAAGAUGAUAUUGAGGUAAAGUUCUUGGAAAAGAAGUCAUUGGAAGAGUCAAAUUCUGCACUUCAGGUUGAUUUGGAUGCCAAUCUAAAGAAGGUAAAUAAGCUUGAAAAAGAGCUUUCAGAACUUGAGAAGCAGCAUGAGGACAAAGGCAUGACCAUCAUUAACCUGGAAAAGAAACUUGCAGAUUCUAAGAAUCUUCAAGAGAAUUUGGUAAGAAAGCAGAGAAAUGUAUUAGCCGAGAAAGAUGUGGAACUAAGUAAAAAAGAAGAGACAGUAGUUGAGAUGAAGGGUGAAAUAAAAGUAUUAAGACAAGAAAUCCUGGAGAAAAAUAAGUCUAUCGGAGGGAAAGUGGCUGAGCUGACUGAGUCACUUGACAAGAAGAACAAGGAAAAUGAUAAUCUGCGAAUGGAGCUGGAUGUGGCUUCUAAAGCAGUUGACGCCAAGUCAAAAGACAUCGAAAAAUUGGAGGAGGAAUUGAAGGACAAGGUCGAAAAACUAUCAGAAGAAAUUAGUAAAAAACAGGAUCAAACUGAGAAGUUAGAAGAAACCAUAAGAGAGCUGAAAGAUGAUAUUGAGGUAAAGUGUGUGAACAAAAGGUCAUUGCAAGAAACAAAUUCUAGACUUCAGAACGAUUUAGAUGCCAAUGUUAAGAAGGUGGUUCAGCUUGAAAAAGAGCUUUCAGAUCUUAAGCAGGAGAAGGAGGACAAAGCCAUAACAGUCAUUAACCUGGAAAAGAAAAUAGGUGAACUUUCUGCAUCUAGUAAAGCAACUGAAGCAAACCUGAGAGAAGAACUUGAAACAGCACAUCAGGAGGUGGAAAACGUAAAGACGCUUUUGUGUGAUAGCACCUCCAAGAUUGCGAAUUCCAAGAGUAUCCAGGAGAACUUGGAGACAAAGCUGAAAAAUGAAUUGGCAGAGAAAGAUGUAGAACUGUCUGAGUGCAACUUGAAACUAAAAGAAAACAAAGGUGCAAUGGAAAAGUUGCAGGUUGAUGUGGCAUGUAAACAGAGUAUAGUUAAAAGUCAGAAGGAUGAGAUUGACAGACUGAACACAGAGUUGGAGGAGCAGGAAAAGUUGUGCCAAAAGAGUAACAAAGAACAGGAGAAACUCCGUGUUCUGAUUAUGGAGAAAGAUGCAGAUAUUGUAUCUCUGAGAACCAAAGUGGCAUCAUUGGAAGCAGAUGUUGACGAAUUGGUAACCAAGCUGGACAAGUCGGUGGAAAGCGGCAAUGAAAAAUCAGAAUUGAUUUCCAAACUUAAGGCUGAAUCAAAAACAUUGACAGAAACAGUAACAGGAAAGGAGAACUUGGUGGCAGAAUUGAAGACUGAAGUGAAAAUGCUGACUGAGACAAUAUCAGACAAGAACAAAACAGCUGGUGGAGAAGUGGCAAGGUUGACGGAGGAGCUCUGUCAGAAGAGUGAGACGUUAAAAAUGCUUCAGCAUGAAUUGAACAAGCUGCAGGAAGAGUUUGAAGUCAAAUCAAAGAUUGCAGCACAACGUGAAGAGGAAAUGAAACAUCUGAAAGAUGAUGCCGAUGCUCUGAAGGCCAAAGUAGCACAACUUGAGAGGGAUGUCGAAAUGAAGCAGGAAUCGAUCUUCAAAUUGGAACUACAAUUAAAAAACUUGUCUGAUGAGGUUAAAAACAAAAACAGUGUUGUACAGAGCCUUGAGGAAGAACUGGUGUCUUUGAAGAAAAGUGCUUUGUCAACUGCAGACAAAAUGGAGGAGUUGGAAACAGCUGCCAAAGUUUUGAAACAGGACAGUGAUGCUAAGAGUGAGAAAUUGGAGGAGGUGGAAAAGGAGAUGGAGAAGUUGAUCACUGAAGGCAUUGGAAAGUGGGAGAAGAUUGUAAAACUGGAGAACGAAUUAGCAGAGCUUGCGGACCAGGAUGCCAAGCGAGAAGAAAAGAUAGUGGCAAAGGCAACAUCUCCUCUUGGAGUAUCCACAAAUUCUAGGCAGUCAUGUGAAAUUAGUAAUGUUGAGGAUUUAAAACGAAAACUGGAAGAGAAACAGGUUGAAAUGGAACAGUUGUGGGCCUUUAUUGGAGAGAAAGAAACGGAAAACGAUGCGCUAACAGAUGAGAUUGAGGAGUUCAAAAACAAAUUUGAGGACCUGGAAAAGCAGAUUAUAGAAAAGGAUAAAUUAUUGAGUAGUAAACAGUUUGCUCUUGGUGAACUACGACAAAAGUUGGCGAGGAAAGCAGAGGAAGGUCAAAGUUCUGUUACUUCACCAGGUGGAAGGUCAUCCCACAAAACUGAAUUGGCCAAGAUACAGGAGCUCAAUAAACUUUUGGAAGAGAAGGCUUUGAGUGAGAAAGAGCUGAACCAGAAACUGGAUGAGAAAAUUGGAGAGAUAAAAGAGUUGGAGAAUGAUGUGUCUGAACUGAAGGAAAAGCUGGAGGGUUUGUCAAGUGCACAGAAUGCAGAAUCUUUCCAGCAAGCCAUUGAAUCACUUGAGAAGGAGAAGUUGGAUUUACAGCAACAACUUCAGGUUGCAACAGAAAAAGUAGCAGCUGGGGAGAGUGCUUCAAGCAAUUUAAAAUGCAGGAUAACAACCUUAGAAUCUGAGGUUAGUUCAUCUCAAGAUAAUGCAGGUCAUAGUGUCACUAGAAAUCUGAGAAGGCAAAAAAUUGAGGCAGAAAAGGCCAAGUUUGAGGCAGAGUGUGCAUUAAAUGAAGCCCUUCAAGAGGUGGAUAAACUGAGAAAGAAAAUGGAAGAACUUAAAAGCAGCUCCAGUGUCUGCAAUGCAGAGCAGAGUUUGAAGACACGAAGUAGGGCUAGCAACUCUGAUUGUUCUGAAGUUGAUGGUUUGAAAUCUGAGAAUACUCGGCUCGCAAAGCUUGUUGAAGAGAAGGACAAAAACAACAGGCGCUGUUUAACUGAGAUGGGCCAGUAUCAGUCAAAGCUGGAAAAGGCAGAGGAAGAACUCGGCAAACUACGACAAGAACAAGAGAAAAGCGGACGCCUAAGGUUGUCAGGAGAAUCAAACAAGUCUCGAAUAACAGCCUUAAAAAACCAGAUGGAAGGUCUAAAUGAAGAGAUAGCAGAGUUACGAGAGAAGGUGGGUCAACUGGAGACUGAACUUGAAGCGAAAAAGUCCAGUGUGGAAGACAUGACAGAACAGAUGGAGAAGGAGCAAACAGCUUGCAAGGAGGCUCUGGAAGAGGUGAAGGCCAAAGACAAGGUGAUAGAGGAGCUUAAGAAAUGGCUGGAUGUCCAGGAGGACACAAUGAAUAAACAGGACAGCAUUAUCUCGGAUCGGGAUGAGCAAAUUACAGCCCUACAGGACGAAGUGGAUGAGUUAACAGAGAAAUGUGAGUACCUUUCUAACAAAGACUCCAGCAAUGACCACCAGAUGAAAGAAAUGUCUCGCAGUGGAACAAAACUGGAAAGUGAGAAAGAUGCGUAUGCCAAGGAAGUAACAAAAAUGGAGUCUGUGAUUCAGGAGCUGCGUAUUGACAAGGAUGAAUUGGUUCUGGCCAUUUCUGAGAAGUCAGAUGAAAUAAAGGACUUGCAGAAGUCCUUGUCGGGUGAGUAUCACUACAUUCAUCAGAUCUGGUCAUUGAAAUAUUCUAGAGUACAACGUAACACGAAUGAAGUGAAAUGUUUGGGGGCUCAGCUGGCACAAGUUACAAAGCUUCAGGGCUCAACUCAGAGUCGGCCAGACGACCAGAGGACUUUGUUGGAUCUCAGGAAAAAGAUAAAGGAGAAAGAUUUUGCGAUUAAAAAUUUAGAGAAGGAAGUAUCAAAAUUACAAACUGAGGUGGCUAAUAUCGGUGGAAAAAAAGAUGAAGAACUUCAGGUUUGGCGAGCUCAGCGUGAUCAACUUGUGGGAAGUCUGGAAGCCCUGAUGAAGAAACAAGCCAAAGAAAUUAAAGAGCUCCGAGAAGAAAAGGGAGCCAACUCUGGAAAGGACAACAACAAGGACUUAGUGAAAAAGCUUCUAGAAAGAGACGAGAAAAUUGUCUGUCUAGAAGAACACAUAGAGCGACUAGAACAGGCGCACAAAGUUGUCGCUGCGGCCAGUUCGCGCGGGCGCCGAAAGUUUUCCCAGCUUGCGCCUGAUGAACAGCAGGAAUUAGAUGUCCUCAGAAAACAGUAUGAAUACGAAAGAGGACAGAAGAUCUUGGUGCAAAAACAACUCAGCACUGUGCAGAAGGCUAAAGAUCAGAUCAUCACUGAUUUGAAAGAGUCAAACUGCGAACUGCAAGGCCAGAUAGCUACAUUACAGGGUGGGAGGGUCAGGAACCCUCGUUCAUCCAGCCACAGUUCCGUCACAGACUGUGACAACAGUACCAGGGGACACAGUGAGAUAGAUGUCACACCCAGUGAAGCCAAGCCCAAGAAAAGGGGAAGGAAGAGACGCAGCGAUGAAAAUGUCCCUGUGACAACAGAGCGUGAGGAGAGUACAACAAAACUGAAGAAGGGGAGAGCGAAAUCUUCCAAGUCCUCUGUAUCUGCUGAAGAUGAUAUUUCUCAGUCCUCUAUCAUGGAUGAUGAAGAUUCUGUAACCAAUCGGCCGUCUCGAUCGAGCAAACGAAAGGCCAUGAGUCGUCUGGGAGAGAUGAUGACCAACCUGCAGAAUUCCCCCAAAACAGAAGUAAAAAAACGAGAAUUGAGGUCACCGGAUGUCAAAAGUGUGAAAGAAGAGGGCAAGGAUUCGAGGAGGAAACGACGUUUGUACAAGACGGAUAUAUUACAACCUUUUGACACUGCCCCUUUUAUGAUGCCUUCUGACCCCAGCCCGGCACGAGUUGACGUUCAUGAAAUUGUUCAUCGGCGGUUGCGAGAGAGGCGAUAAACAGAUGUACAUGUAGUAAAAUUUGUAAAUAUAUCUCUUACCUACUGUAUAUGUGUAUAUAUUGUGAUUUUGUUGACUGCUCAAAUUAAGUAGACUGUAAUCAAGACUGUGGGUAGGUAAACGUGAAGACAAGCUACAUGUAAUCGUGAUUCAAAGCGCUUGGCAUUGCUAAGGAUACUGUUCUUGAUGGCACUUGUCUGUAUCAGUCUGGGAAGGCUUGUUUCACCAUUUGGAAUACCGUCACAUGAGUGUACAUGCAUUUGUGACACUUGUGUCACUAAUGUAGUAUUUGUAGACACUGACUAAGCAGGGUUGCUUGUCAUGUUGCCUUCCCUUCUGGCAUAUCUAAAUGUUUAUUUAGUUGGAGAAUUUUAUGUGUGCCAUGUUUUCAUGGAAAUUUCAUCAUCUUUUUUUUUUUUGGGUCAUCUUUUACAUCUCUUGGCCUGGUUGUAUCAAAUAUGGGACACAUCAGACAAAACAUUUUACACUGCAAUUUAACAUGUGAAUCAUUGUAUUAAAUACUUGUCCAAUUCUUUUGAGCAAAGUCUUGGUUUCUACUUUAGUGCUACUCUCUAUCCUGUAUUUUAUACUUGAGUAGUGUUUGUAUAUGAAACUAUACAUUAGUUUGAAUAUUUUUAGAGUCUAGAGCUGAGCAACAGAACUGAGGUGCACUUUAAUCUGAACAGUAUUGUGUCAGUUAACCGAUAGGGACUGGAUUAGGUUGUUUAAAUGCCAUUAUGUAGAAGUUUAUGGCAGCAUCCAGUGAUGUCUUUGAAAAGGGUUUCAGAUUUUUUAUAUGGUAGUGGUAGGGAAAAACUUUUGUAGCAGUUGGUGUCAUGUGUUACAUUGUAUAUGUAUUUUUACGCUGACCAGCACAAUGGUUUUUGUCUGACCUGCUGAGUGUCUGAGGUCACGUGACUGACUUUGUAACUGAGGUUUUCAACAUCAACUGACAGUUGAGUGAGGAAAACUGUCGUGUGACUGACUUUGUAACUGAGGCCCUGUACAUCACUGACAGAUGAGUGUACAUUUGGGAAAGCUGUCAUAUGACUGACUUUGUAACUGAUGCCCUCUACAUCACUAACAGCUGAGUGUGAAGUGAAGAAAACCAAACAGCUGAUCACAUGUAUGUGCCAUCAAUUUCCGAAGUUUACACGUUUUAUACUUUAGAUUUUUCACCUAAUAAUUUUUUUUUCUUGUUACUGGUGAAAUGUUAGCUUUAUUUUACAAAUUGUAGCUCCACAUUGCUGUCAAGUCAGCACAAGUUCAUCAAUAUCGGGAGUAAUGGUUUUAUUUGGUAUGGUAGUUUUAGCAAUAAGUGUUAAGUAAUAUACACAGUGGUGUGAAAAGGGAGAUUACCCUGUAUGUUUAUUGUGUUUAUUAAGUAUUUGCAGAUGCUCAACUGAUGAGAAGGGCGAGAAGUAUGCGGUUGAUGAAAAGUCAUGUUUUGUUUGUCCUUUUUUUCCCCCAUAUACAUGAUACAUUUAAUUAAUCAUUUUUUACACCUUUGCCAAUCAACAUUUGCAAGGAACUUUAUUUGUUAACAGUUGAAGACAUGCCCAUUUUAUUUCGCUUUCCUAAAAAUACUUUUCAUCCCAUUUCUAAAUCUUUAGUAAGUAAUUUUAAGUUUGUUUUAGAUAUGAUUGCUUAUUAACGGAAGACUUCAUCUCAGACUUAAUAAUUUGUCAUACAUGUCAUGUUGUUAUAAUUUAUUGUCUGCUAGUUCAUUGUUGAUAGCUUAGUCAUGGGACCAUACAAAUAAUGUGUGUGUUACAGUACUAAAGUGAAAUAGCUGUUUUGGGUGCGCACAACCAGGAUUUUCUUCUGUGACACACAGGCCCACAUGAACGUGUCUAAGCAUAGUAACCCUUGGCACUCACACACAAUUCAUCAAAUUUUUACAUUUUAUGCGAGUCUGUGAGACAUCGCAGAUCUGACAUGGGCUAGAACAUAUAGCUUCAUGUCCAAACUGAGCUGAAUCCAGGAUUGUUGCCAAAGUUUGUUGUGUAAUGUUGUAGCCUAGGCGUAAAGGGCGGUGUGUUUUCGUUUGUCCCCUCGUGUAUAUGUUCUGUACAUGGGUAGGCCUACUGGUGCAGCACUCGAAAAGGCUAACUCAAAACUGUCUUAAUGUGACAGCAGUUGUGAUUCUGUACAUAGAUCACUGUAAAUUACCUAAUACAGAAAAAGACUCC